GAUGUUCUUAUUAUAAUUCUUGGUUAAUUUAAUUUUUUACCGAGAAAAACAACUACUGAAUUUAUAAUUUAUAAAAGAUCAAAGAUAGCAAAUUACCCCAUUAAUAUUAUUAGCAAAAAAGGACAACCGACUGUAACACUAAAGGGAAGUUCAAGAGUGUUCAGGGCAAACAUUCGUCGCCCACAAUCUCUUUUCGAAUCCAUGCAUUUAAUGCACACAAUCAUUACUCUGAGUCUUACCCCCUUACCUCCUCACGCGCCACCAAUACCGCCACCACUUGCCAUUCGCAUAAUUGAUCAUCACCUUCUCAGCUUCUCCCCCGACCCUUUUCUCCCUUGGAUUUUGUUAGCAGCUGUACUAGUAAAGAAAUUAACAAAAGUAAUGGAGGGUACACGUCGAUUGAAUCCUGAUGCAUUGCCGUUUUACCCUUCAAGAUCCCGUCAUUUUAAACCUUCAUCUGGUGUUCCCCCACCGCCAUCGCCAUCGCUGCCUCCGCACCAAUCACCAUCGCCUCCGACCUGGCUUGGGAAAAGUUCUUUUAGAUUUUCGAAUUCACUUACUCCAGUCCCUAAGGGGCCGAGGAUUCGAGGAGGUAGAGGUACUCCUGGACGGAGAUUUGUAUCGGCAGGACGUGUCAUUGGCGGCGAUGAUGGUCGCAGAGACGGUGGUAGACCGUUGUGGGUGAGAAAAGGGGUUUAUCGAGAAGUCACACCUUUAGAUCCUGAUGAAAAUUCCACUUCCAUCAUGAUUCGAAACAUCCCAAACAACUACACUAGGGAACUAUUAGUGAAGUUGCUGGAGGAUCAUUGCAAGCAAGAAAACAAGAAGGACGAAAACGUGGUUCGAUCAGCCUUCGAUUUCGUAUAUCUUCCUGUUGAUUUCAAAUAUCGUUUAAACGCUGGAUAUGCUUUCGUAAACUUCACUACGCCGGAUGCUGCUUGGAGGUUUCAGAAGUCGAUUAAAGGUAAAGGAUGGGAUUUGUUUCAAAGCAAAAAGAUUGCCGAUGUUGCUCGUGCCAAAAUCCAGGGGAAGGAUGCACUUGUGAGGAACUUCGAAAGAAUGCAGUUACAAAGUCCGUCAUCGGAAUACCUGCCGGUGUGGUUUGAUCCUCCCAGAGACGGGAGCAUGCCGUCUUCCACAAUGAAGAUGCACGCCAUUGGAAGUGUAGAAAGUUGGUAGGUCUGAAAAACUCUAAAUUUGCUUACUGUUUACUAGCUAGUAGAAUACGUACGACUUUCUCAGGGUACUUUUAGGGUUCCAUUAAGUUUGCUGACACUAGAAGAUGAACUAGAAGUAGCUGAAGUAAAACUUUUCCCAAUGUAAUCAUGUGUUAGAGCCGUAAGGAAGAACAGGUUUCUAGAUUUUGGUCUGUACAAAUGAAUGAUGAUCCAUGGCUUCUUUGA